CGCACCCUUAGUCGUCAACUUACGACGAUGCGGCAGCUUCCUCUUCUAUUCGCCGUUUACUUGACUUACGCUGUUCACAUCUCCACGAAGCCGUCGGAUUUCAAAGGAACGGUCGACAUGAAGGCUUCCCCUUAACCAAGGCAUCCUAGGCUCUGCGUGAGGACUCCGCACAGAAUCAUUUCUCAUAUUGGAGACUAUAAAAAUCUUCAUCUCUUCCAAUCAUUCUCUGUUUCUCCUACUGUUCAGUUGUUCUGCUCUCUCUACCUCGAUCAUCUGUGCCAUGGCGGAAUGGUUUGUUGGUCCAAUCAUGGACAAGAUCAUCAACGCUUGCUCUGACUACCUGGAAGAGCAAGUCGGAUGGCAGACGGGCAUGAAGAAGGAGCUGGAAAGCCUGCGAGAGAACCACCCGAAGAUCCAAGCUGUCGUGAACUUUGCUGUUAACAAAGCACAAAUCAGCGAUCAGAACCCAGCUUUCAACAAAUGGUUAUGGCAGCUCCGAGAUGCUAUUGAUGAGGCAGAUGAUGUGCUCGAUGAGUUGGAAUACAUGAAGCAUCAAGAACAGCUCCUCAAAAACAAGGAAGAAACAAAGAAAAGAAAGUUCCUGCCGAGCUUCGUAUAUGAAAGUGCUCGUAAAAUUCUCAAAAUUGGCGAACGUGCUAUCAAAAGAGAUCCCAACUUGAUGCGACUGGAGGAGGCUGUGCAGAAACUUGAUAAAGUUUCGGCUGAUGUUACUCCUUUCUUUCAUCUUUUAGACAGCACGCAGCAGGAACACAAGGAGCUGGAGGUUGAUUUCUACAAAGCACGUGAAACAGGAUCGUUGCCUACAAAUGAUCUCAUCGGUAGAGGCGAGGCUAUGGAGUUUGUUACGCAGUGGUUGAAGAAGCUAUCAAAUGAGAAUCGGGACAGAAACAUUUCUCUUCUAUCUAUAGUGGGCCAUGGUGGUAUGGGGAAAACAACUCUCUUGCAACACGUCUAUGAAGAUGAAGUUACAAAGGAAUUUGAUCUUAAAAUUUGGGUUUGUGUUUCAAACAACUUUGAUAUGAAAAAAGUCAUUGCAGAUAUGUUAUCAACUCUUAAGAAGAAGAGGCCUCGUUUGGACGACACACUUGAUGCACUUCAAAAUAGUCUUAGGACUGAGAUUAUGUCCAAAAAGUUCUUACUUAUUCUAGAUGACAUUUGGGAGGAAGAGGAGAACCGGGAUAUCAGCAAAUGGGAGAAGGUGCUCGCCCCUCUAGUUUAUGGGAAAAUUGGUAGUGGGAUUUUGGUAACAACUCGAAUGGACUCAGUUGCAACGAUGAUGGCAAAGGUGAUUAAAAAGAAGACGGAAAUAUUUAGAUUAGAGGGCUUGGAGGAAGAUCAGUGUUUGCAGCUCCUCAACUCUCAUGCAUUUGCUGAUGUAGAGAAUCCUAAUUAUUAUCAAAGAUUAAGAUCCAUUGCUGGAGAGAUAGUUAAAAAGCUUACAGGAUCUCCAUUGGCAGCCAAGGUUACCGGUGGUGUUUUGAAUUCUAGCUUGGAUGAAAGACAUUGGACAAAAGUUUUAAAUAGUGAUUUUGUAAGUCCAAAUUUGGGCCAGGAUUACAUCUUUCCCAUUUUAAGAUUGAGCUAUAUGUUCCUCCCAAAACAUCUACAAAAUUGUUUCGCAUUUUGUUCUAUAUUUCCACAAGAUUAUGAGUUUAAUAAAGAUGAUCUAGUCACAAUGUGGAUUGCUUUGGGUUUCAUUCAGCAUCCUAAUGAUCAAGAAUGGACAAUAGAGGAUAUUGGAGGGAAGUAUUUUGAUAUUUUGGCUAAAAAAUCAUUCUUUGAUAAGUUUGAUCAUGAAAAUUUUGGACGAUACUACAAGAUGCAUGAUUUAAUACAUGAAUUGGCACAAUCAGUUUCCAUGCAUGGAUGCUUAAGAGUUGAGGAUGGUACAAAGUUGCCUUCUAUUAUUCCUGAGACUCUUCGACACUUGUCUGUUCGAACUUCAAAUUCAGACAUCAUAAAAAUGAUUGGGAAGUUCAAAUAUUUGCAUUCCCUUUUCUUGUUCUAUGAAGCUUCUAAUCGGAAUCUUUGCAAUACACUUAUUGAAAUAUUCAAAGCAUCAAAAAGCCUACGCUUAUUACGCAUAUGGACUACAAAAAAUUUGGAAAUAAUACCCGAGGAGAUUGGAAAUUUGACACAUCUUCGAUGGUUAAAGAUUGAUUGUUAUAAUUUGACUAUGUUGCCAAGAUCUCUAAGUAAUCUCUAUCACUUGCAAAGCAUAAUCAUUUCAAGUGAGUUAAGACACGGUAAAUUUGAUGACGAUUUUUUAUCGAGUGACAUUAAUAACCUUUCUAAUUUACGUUACCUGAUAUUGCCGGGGAAUUAUAUUUCAUCAAUAUAUGCGAUUGGGAAGCUAAAGUCUCUUCAAGCACUAUAUAUGUUUGAUCUCAAAGAUGCGAGUGGUUAUAGAAUUGCGGAGAUGCAGAAUAUGAAUGAUCUUUGCAUAUUAGGAAUCAAUUGCCUUGAAAAUGUUAAAGAAGUCGAGGAGGCCUGUAGUGCCAAAUUAUGUGCUAAGAGGAGGCUCACAGAUUUAACCUUAUGUUGGAGUAGCACUGAUUCGAGGAACAUCAAUUUAUAUGAGAACGUGCUCGACAACCUUCAGCCACCAAAAUGUCUAAGGAAUUUGAGCAUAAAUAGAUACAUGGGUGCAAGGUCUCCAAUAUGGAUGAAGAAUGUCAAUCUGAUCUCUAAUAUAGAGAAAAUCGAAUUGACAGAUUGCUUGGAGUGUGAAACUCUUCCACCUUUUGGGCAACUUCCCUUCCUCAAGUCACUGAUACUUGAUAACAUGCCGAAAGUACAGUGCCUCGAAAGUAAAGUUAAUGGGAAUGAUACAUACCGUGCCUUUCCAUUGCUAGAGGUGUUAUCUAUUAAAGGAUUAGAAGCAUUAGAGGAUUGGUUUGAGGUAGGAGUGGCUGCUGAAGAUGGAUGUUUGUUUCUUUGCUUAAUUAAAUUAUAUCUACGCGACUGCCCGAAGUUGAAAGAGUUGCCCUCUUUGCCUUCUAAGCUCAAGAGCUUGGAGAUUGAUGAAAUUGGGUGGACGACUUUGAAUUUUUGUAGCAAUUCAAAUCCUAUUCCCCUUGAAACAUUAGAGGUCUUUCGUUGUCCAAACAUUACAUCUCUUCCUCUGGCUGAUGAAAUAGCAAGACUUGCAGCACUAAGAUACUUGACGAUUACAAAUUGCCCCAAUCUGAUCUCUAUGGGAAGAUAUCGACAAGUGGAGACCACUAAUAAUUGCCAUCUCAUGCUCAGCGACCUUACCAUAAGUGAUCCAUCAGUGUUGCUAAUGGAGCCAUUGAGAAGUAUCGCCUCCUUAAAAAAGCUGACUGUUGAGCGGAAUAAUGAGCUGAUUUCAUUUCCAAAUGAGGCGGAGCAGUGGUUUCUGAGAGUGAGUGCAUCUCUUUGUGAGCUGAACUAUAUGCAUCUCGGGUCCUUACAGUCUCUACCUUCCUCCUUGGAAUGCUUAUCUUCACUUCAGAAACUAUCUAUUAUAAAAUGCCCCAAUCUGGUCUCUCUCGGAGAAAUGCAAACCACUAAUAAUUGUCAUGUCAUACUCAAUUAUCUCCGUAUAAGUGAUCCAUCGGUGUUGCUAAUGGAGCCAUUGAGAAGUAUCGCUUCCUUAAAAAUGCUGAUUAUUGCGGAGAAUGAUGAGCUGGUUUCAUUUCCAAAUGAGGCGGAGCAGUGGUUUCUGAAAGUUAGUUCAUCUCUUUGUGAGCUGGAAUUUAUAAAUCUCAAAUCCUUACAGUCUCUCCCUUCCUCCUUGGAAAGCUUAUCCUCACUUCAUUUUCUAUUUACUAAUAAUGUCCCUAUGCUUCGGGAAUUACCGAACCUUCCUCCCUCUUUGAAACGUCUAUCAGUUUGGGGAUGUCAUCCAGAAUUAGAAGAGCGCUAUCGAGAGGAUGGAGGCUCUGAUCGGCACAAGAUUGCUCACAUUCCUCUUAUCCUUAUUUCUCCCAAAAGAUAAGAGCUGGGUCCAACUACUUUAAUGAAAAUUUCAAAAUGCUUAAGCUGCAAACUUCCUUCUUCUUAUCUUAUUUGUUUCCCUUGAUAUAUAUGAAAUGUGAAGAAUGCAAUGUCAGCAUUAACCAGUUUGUAUCAUUUGAUCGAUGUACUCAAUUUUAUUAUGUAUCAAUGUUUAUAUAAAAAUAUUUCUUCUUUUAA